CCCUACCACCGGCGGCACUCAUGCGCCGCGCGACCUGCCGUCCACACGCGCACCCCACCACGACCGACUCUGUGACCCUGCGGCCAACAUCCACAAACAUUUGGACACAGCAUGUGCCAGUGACCGAACGUCAGUGAUAGUGUACCAUAGUGACUUUACACACAUCGUGAUAUGUGCUGAAGAGUGAACCAGAAGUGAUAUAUUUAGCAAUCGCAGCCUCUACCGUAACUUAAAUAUGGUGAGAGGGGCGACGUCAGUGCUUACGCUAGCGCUGGCAUGGGCGUGCGUCGCUCGCGGCAGCGUCCUUGUGCCCACCUACGUGUUGCCGCCCGACUCCUUCGUGCGCGACCAGCGCUCCCUGGCCGCCAAGCCCGACUCCGAGCCCGCGGACUCGCAACGCAUGAUCAGACGCCUGAUCGGCGGACACAUGAAGAUCAAACCGGAGAAAGACCAUGGAAAUUAUAAAAAUUCCAUCAAUCUAGAUUCAAAAACCGAAAGCGGAAAGUUCGCAGGAGUGAUCGUGCCCGAACUGUCGGGCGGCACCGUGGGAUGGAAUCAAGGAAUCUGGGACGACGGCAUGCUCAUGUCGAGCGCUGGCGAGGGGAAGGACGCCGGUAAAACGAAAGAGGUCGAAGAGGAUAAAAAGACGCUAUCCGAUCAAGUGGCCGAAGGCAAAUACGGACUGAUACAGAACGAAAUAUUUUCUAAGGCGCCUAAACGACCUGGGAUCUUGAGCUACGAGCCGAAUUCAGAGACUAGAUCGAAAGAUAAUCUACAAAGUCUAGGCGGACUAAAGAAAGAUGAAAUAUGGCUCGCGGAAGAUCAUUUAUUGGUUCUCAAAGGCGGCUCAUUCCCAGAACGUACUAAGGAAACGGAAAACAGACCGUGGCCACCGAUCGAUAGCUAUGAGGCGCCCAGAAGGCAAGUAAAACUACCACAGAAACCCAAAAUACCACCGCCCUUUCCAGUUCGACUCUCCGACGACGGCCCGCUCGUCUUCCUUACGCCUAACGGCAGUGUCCCUGCGUCCCUUUUCCCACCCUACCCUUCAGGAGAAGGCGAAGGCCCUCUACCUCCUCCGCCAUUCUUUUUCCCACCGGGAGCGUUCUACCCCUCGGGUGAUUAUCAGGGAAACUCUUCUUCCGGGGGAGCGCCGAUGCCAGAUCCUCCGUUCCCAUUCCUACCCGGGAAUGCGAGCGAAGGAGCAUUCCCCUACCCUGGAUCCAUAAACGGCUCUUUUCCAGAAGGCUUUCCUCCGGGCGCAGCAUUUCUGCCACCACCCAGCAACCAGACCGACCUUUACGACGAAGACGACCCUUCGAUCUACUAUCCGCCGCCAUACAAUUUUUCUUAUCACACUAACUACCAAAGUCACGUACCGGCCGGACCUCUCGUACCUGGAAUAAUAUUACCACCACCGCCAGACUUCUUUGCGCCUCUUGAAGAAAAAACUACGACAGAUACAGUAAAAAGUACAAGGCCAACAUCUACAACACACAUGCGGUCGAAAGUUACGACGAAACAGCCCUCAACAGUGGGACACAGAGGUAAAUACAAAACAAGGCCUACGACAACAGAAUCGUGGACAACUGAAGCACCAACGACAACAUCGACACCACCAGUGGAAGUUGUUACGGCUCCGAAAUACAGAAAGCCUCAGCGCUUACAGCCAAUACCUCCUAGAAAUCCUGUCAGAGUCCACAAUCUUCCAGAUGAAAUCACCACGAAGCCAAAAACCGAAAAACCAAUUUACAAAACAAGAACAAAACUUACAUCAAAACCUAUUUCAGUUUCGGUAUUUUACGAUUAUCCCGAAACAGUUUACGAUAAUAAAAAUCCAACAACUACUGAAAACCCGUACAUCGUUUACAAAGUACCGCAGAAGGCAAAUAAUGAAUUUACCACCGACAUAACAUCAACAUCCGUACCGCUGAGGGCUUACUACUCGAACACACAAAACGAUGAAGUUCCUACAACUAAAUUACAACCCGUAUACAAUCGCAAGCCGAAUGAAGACGCGAUAGCUUCCUUCUACUUCUUCGAUGAGCAACCCAAAAGUUCCCCAGCCCCCGACCCUUACUUUGAUGGAAGAAAUUAUUACAAAACUGUACCUAGUCAACGACCGUUUUCGCAAAAACAAAAUGUGAACCAACAAUCUGGAUUUUCACCUUCAGUUGAUGUCGCUUACGGCGCUAUUGAUCAAGCGGACGCUCUGUUCUUGUGGCCGCAAAAACAAGGUCCCCGAACGCUCACGCAAGAAUAUUUCAGCGUACAAAAACCCAAGCAACAGAACGUGUACGUGCAGCAAAUAAAACAACGACCAGAUGCAUUCUACCAACAAAUCGCUGAUAUUCAACAGACUAUUGAUUUGUAUACGACGAAGAGGCCAAAGGCGCAUUCACAUAGGCCUCACUCUAUUAAACCGAAACCAAUAACCUCCAGGCCAGUAUACGAAUUCAGUUACGACACAAAACACCGGCCAGAAAAACUAGCGUUCAGAGCACCUAAAUUAGACCCUGAACCAUUCAGACCAAUGGUUAGUUACAGUAAACCUUUCAAUCUAGAGAACGAAUUCAAUGCUAUCACUCCUACAGUUUCGUCGGGAUAUCAGCAAUACCUAGUGGAAAAUGCACAAGUAACGACGGAGAGUCCGACAUCGUCGAGAUACUAUCCAAAAACGAAAACACGCGACGAAGAAUACGAAGAUUCUAUUUAUAACAAAGAACCUACUCCGAAGCCUAAUUUAAAUUAUAUUCCAGUCCAAACCGGCAAACCUGUUCUGCACGUUAACAAACACCCGAGUACAACACCCAAUCCAAUCAGUCAUGGCUACUAUACUAAACAAGAUGAAAAAUACAUUGAUGAUAUUACAAAGAACUCUUUCGAUGUGUUCGGACAGAAGUUAGAAGAUGGAACUCAUGAUGUCAACGGCCUAGCAGUUACACCUCCCCUUGAAUCAGUUAAGACGCCGAUCAACAAUAACAUAAACCUGCAAUAUGCGUACGAGAUCGUCGAUUCACAGAGUCCGAAUCCACCGUCUCUGCACAAAGACACGAUCGUCAACGACCGCCACCCCCGUCCAACUAUCAACCCCUACAGUGAACCGAUACACCAAGGUUCACCGAAUGCACAACUAGUUCAACCACCAAAACCCCCAUCACUAUUACACGACACGAUAGUGAACGACCGAUUCCCACGACCGGAAAUAAAUCCUGACAGCGAGUUCAUCCCGAUACCGAACCCUGGUUACAGGACAGCGCAACAGUAUAGGAUACCAUCGCAAGUACAAAGGCCUCAGUAUACUGGUGAGCAGUAUGACCUGAAUCGGCCUUCGUUGGGCGGGGACACGGCUGUGAACUACAGGAGACCCCUGCCGCCUAUAAACCCUGACGCGGAGUGGAUAGGACCGGUGAAUACGGCCGGAGAAGGAAGGCCGGGCUCAUUUGUCUCGUAUAGACUCCCCGGAGAAGGUGCGCACGUGUAUUUCCUAACGCCGCAAGCAGCGCAGGCCGCCCGAGAGAGGUACAGAUCGCCGGGAUACGGCCGGUGAAACCAAAGCUCUAGUCUGAACAGUACGCCGCAAGCGAUACGUGUAAAUACAAAGCAAAUGUGAUGUUUAAGUGUCCUAAGUAGUAUUAGAAUGAAAAGACUAGCGGGCCGCCCGCAUUGCCAUAAUAUUUAAAGCGCAGUGAAGUGCGACAGUUAUGAAACGAACGCUAACAAGUUUUUAGUGGAACUAUUUAUUAAAUUAUUAUUGUUAAGAGACUGUGGUGCAAGCUUAGGAGAUAAGUAAUUUAUUCAUGUAUGUAUGUCAGUAUUGAUAUUGAACUCAUUAGAUGUGAUAGUGUGUGUGGGCAUGAAUGUGAACAUUGUUGCUAAUAGAAUGAUAUGAAAUACCUGUUUGUUAUUUUUAAUUUGUUGCAUUAAUACGAACGAUGACAACCGAAUGUGAUUUUUGUAUGUCUUUAUAAAACAAAUGAAUUAAAAUAAGAUUAAAAAAUUAAAAUGUUUAAUAUACAAAACGUUGUUUCCUUG